UUCGUCUACACCUUUUGAUUGGGUUAGGCAUACAAAAUUCUGUCAAAAUUUGUGUUUUUUGUUCUGUUUUUUUUUUGUCACUUAUUUUUUGGUCAAAAUGCUUGGUUACAUACAAAUAGCAUAUUUCGAUACAGUUGUUCUGAUCACAGCUCUAAUAUUGUUAGCCAUUCUGCACUGGACCAUUCCUGUUACAAGAAAGCCCAAAAUAUCAAGCACACCGAAAAUCCCAAUAAAAAGAGAAGUAAACAACAGAAGGCGGAAAAGCGUUACCACCAUGCAGCACAACCACAACAACUGCAGCAAAAACAUGGGAAAUUCGCAAAAUCGGUCGGCGAGCACCGAUGAAAAGUCACCGCCAGGUGGCGCCAGUGCAUUGCGGAUGGGGGUAGGCGGCGGCGGUUCCGAGUGCCGAGUGGGCGGGGCCAUGGUGGAGAGACGAAACAGCCGAGUUCGCGUCCUCAGCCGUUUGAUGGGACAAAAACGGAUUCGCGAAGCAUUCCUACACUCGCCGAAAACGGGAUCGAGCUUGGAGGUCAAUUUGGGCGGCGGUGGCGACGGAAGCGGCGAUUGGACCACAGCGGAAACGGAAGUGGAGCAUGGACAAUUGGAUGCCAGCGCAGAACAAAUAGAUUUUCACGACGUGGUCAGUUUGGAUUACACCGAUUCGCUAGAAUAUCACAAUUGCAGCAGCGAUGAUUGCUGCUAUGCCUCCAAUGAUACCCUAACUCAGCAUCGAAAUCAGGAAUUGCAGCAGCGACAGAGGCAACAUCAUCAUAUUCAUCGCCAUCAUCAUACCCAUCAAAACAAUCGCCAAUAUCCCUACGAUCGGAAAUCUUUGUGCACAAGUUGUUCAAGCAAUGAUUCCCUAUUCACAGAUCCCGUGGACGAACUGAUCAUACCCAAGCACUUCUUAAAUGCAACAAAAACUGAUCUUCAACACACUGCGAAAUCGAAACGCGAUCGUCCACUGAGCGAAAUAAGUGUGACUUCGGUGGACACCUUGUCGCCGAGCACCGCAAGAGCGGUCCUUGAGCUACAGAAACGCUGCCGAGCAGAUAAAUUGGCCUGCCUGAGCUUAACUCAAGUCACCUACCUCAGCAUAGCCAAUGACCUUCAGGAAGUCGAGGAGGCGGAUCAGGCCAUAUUGCUCAACACCGAUCUCUUGGUAGCACCCAAUAGCCCGGCGGAGAGUUCGCCGGACGAAGAACUCAUGGCCUUGCAGUUGGGCAAGAAGCUGGCCCAGGUUUUGGGCAGUGGGACGGGAUCACCUUUGACCCCGGGAAACAUGGAGGGCGGCCCAGCAGGAUCUGGACCUCGAGUGGAUUCGCCACUGGCGAACGGGGAACUCUUCAACGUUUCCAAGGCUAAAAAGGUCGAGCUACAGAAUCUUUCAUCCCGAUUUACAGCCGCAGUCAGUCAAACACCACCUGCAGUUACAGCAUCAACUCCACACGAAACGGGAGCUUCAGGACUUUCAGGACAUUCGGGGGCAGGAGCUACGACCUCCUCGCUGGAAACGCAAUCAACUGUUAUAAUUUCGUUUAAAUCAUCUCAAACACCUGUGCAGUCUCAAACGAAUUCUGCAGCAACUGAAAAUGUUGAGGAUGACACGGCACCGCUGCCACUCCCACCGCCGCCCCCCGGUUUCGGCACGCCCACCACGCCCCUUUUGUCGAGCAAUGUGCUGAAGAAGGUCGCCAGCUUCACGGUCGAGAAGUCUUCGGCGGGCAAUAAUAGCUCCAAUCCCCCGAAUUUGGGACCUGGCGAUGAGACAACCCUCUUGGCCACUCCGAGCUCCUCUUCUUUGCUACUGGCGGCAACCUUGCCACCCGAAUCCGCCGGGGGCGUGGCAGGGGGCGUGGCUGGGGGAGCUGGUUCGCGACGCGGCUCAUCUUAUGUACCGGAAAAGUUAAGCUUCGCUGCAUAUGAAAAGUUCGAAGGUCAAAUGCUGAUGAAAUGGCUAAUCUCAACGAUGCAGAGCAACCCGAAGAGUUUCUCCAACGACAUCACCCAGGAACUAUUCAGUUCUCUGGCGCUGCAAUUCUGCAAUAAUCUCAAAUAUGUCGGCGUCCUCAAGCAGAUCUCCAAUGAGCACUUGGAUGGCGGAUUUAGCCCGUAUGAGAUGUACCAGUGGACUCAUACUGAGCAGCCGACGACUUCAUUGCCUCUGACCCCCGGAAAACUGGACAAGGUUGCGGCUUGGCCGUUUUCCAGCACUCCAUCCGGAACUCGAGUCCUGGAGUCCGCUUCCUUGGCUGCCUUGGGAGCAGGUGCAAUCGGAGGAUCAUUGGCGGCCACUGCCACUGCAUCCACAUCGACGGAUAAUCAGAAAACCCUGCAGCAAAUCCUCAAGAAGCGUCUUCUCAACUGCUCCACUUUGGCCGAGGUUCAUGCGGUGGUGAACGAACUUUUGAGCAGUGUGGAUGAGCCACCGCGUCGUCCUUCAAAGAGAUGUGUGAAUCUUACGGAUCUGUUAAAUGCCAGUGAGGCGACCGUUUAUGAAUACAACAAGUCCGGAAUGGAGGGUGGCUUAAGGAGUUUCGCGGAUGCGGAAACUCAAACGGAGGAUUGCGAGGGAGCCUGCAAAUGCGGGCAGUCCUUGAGGGAAAAUGCCAAGGAAAACGAAGGAAAUAAGGAAAAGGCUCCUGUCCCUGUCCCUCCCCCACCUCCGCCACCACCCGCCCCUGCGCUCCUUGCCCCGCCUCCUCCGCCGCCGCCUCCACCGCCGCCCCCUUUGGUCCCCGCAAACUGUGGGGCACCUCCUCCGCCGCCACCGCCUCCUGGCUGCCCGCCCCCCCCCCCCCCCGCGCCCACCGAAGGAGGAGGGGCCAUUCCCCCGCCACCAAAGACCCCGAUCUCACCCGCACCACUUCCCGAUCCCGCCGAAGGCAAUUGGUUCCAUCGCACAAAUACAAUGCGCAAAAGCGCCGUUAACCCGCCGAAACCGAUGCGUCCUUUAUAUUGGACGCGGAUCGUGACAAGCGCCCCGCCUGUGCCACGCCCCCCAUCGGUGGCAAAUUCCACGGACAGUACGGAAAACAGCGGGAGUUCGCCGGAUGAACCUCCGUCUGCUUCCGGUGGGGAAGCCACGCCCACUGCUCCGCCCACGAAGGAAAUCUGGACGGAGAUCGAGGAAACGCCACUCGACAAUAUCGAUGAGUUUACGGAACUGUUUUCCCGCCAAGCGAUGGCACCGGUAAGCAAGCCCAAGGAACUGAAGGUGAAGCGGGCAAAGUCCAUCAAAGUCCUGGAUCCGGAGAGAUCACGGAAUGUGGGCAUUAUCUGGAGGAGCCUGCACGUGCCGUCCAGGGAAAUCGAACACGCAAUAUACCAUAUAGACACAUCGGUGGUCAGUUUGGAGGCACUGCAGCACAUGAGCAACAUUCAGGCGACCGAGGACGAAUUGCAGAGGAUCAAGGAGGCAGCCGGUGGCGACAUCCCCCUCGAUCAUCCCGAGCAAUUCCUGCUGGAUAUAUCGCUGAUUUCCAUGGCCAGCGAAAGGAUUUCCUGCAUCGUGUUCCAGGCGGAAUUCGAGGAGUCCGUAACUCUGUUGGUUCGGAAAUUAGAGACAUUGUCGCAGCUCUCGCAGCAACUGAUCGAAAGUGAGGACCUGAAGCUGGUCUUCUCCAUUAUUCUCACACUGGGCAACUACAUGAACGGGGGAAAUCGGCAGCGAGGACAGGCCGAUGGGUUUAAUCUGGAUAUUUUGGGCAAACUGAAGGACGUCAAGUCCAAGGAAUCGCACACCACCUUGCUCCACUUCAUCGUUCGCACUUACAUUGCGCACCGGAGAAAGGAGGGAGUGCAUCCUUUGGAGAUCCGAUUGCCGAUUCCAGAACCUGCGGAGGUGGAGAGAGCUGCCCAAAUGGAUUUCGAGGAGGUGCAGCAGCAAAUCUUUGACCUCAACAAGAAGUUUUUAGGUUGCAAACGAACCACGGCCAAGGUUUUGAACGCCUCCCGUCCUGAAAUUAUGGAGCCCUUCAAGUCCAAAAUGGAGGAGUUCAUGGAGGGAGCGGACAAGUCGAUGGCCAAGCUCCACCAAUUGCUCGAGGAGUGUCGCGAGCUGUUCCUGGAGACCAUGAGGUUUUAUCACUUCUCACCCAAGGCCUGCACCCUGACCUUAGCCCAGUGUACGCCCGAUCAAUUUUUCGAGUACUGGACUAAUUUCACCAAUGAUUUUAAGGAUAUUUGGAAAAAGGAGAUCACUAGUCUUUUGAAUGAAUUGAUGAAGAAAUCAAAGCAGGCCCAAAUCGAAUCCCGUCGCAACGUCUCCACCAAGGUGGAAAAGUCCGGACGGAUUUCUCUAAAGGAGCGCAUGCUUUUGAGGCGCAGCAAAAACUAGUUAGAUAGCUCUAGACACCGCGAUAAUAUAUUUUUUAUUCCUAGUUGCUUUUUAUUACACUAUUGCUAAGAAAAUUUCUCGUUACAUGGAUUAAUUUUCCACUAAUUGUUAAGUUACAAAAUUGUAUAAAAACUUUAAAGGCAGGCGUGGCUCUAAAAAUAAAAUGUCCUCUUGCUAUUGUGAUCAUA